AUGCAAUGCCCUGCGAACUUAUUCCAACUAACAGGCAACCUCAACAACAGGCAAAGUCUGGUUAUCCUAAACAAUACAGUAGUCUCCAAGCAACAAACCAGAGGAUGUCCACAAGGGUCAUGUAUGAGUGCGGACCUCUGGAACAUUACGUUCAAUCAUAUAGUUGAUCACCAUUGGCCCAUCCACACCAAAAUAGUUGCCUUCGCGGAUGAUGUAGAAUUCGUUGUCAACGGCUCAACACGAGAUCACCUCCAAAACAACUGUAACGCAACUCUACAAAUCUUCAACAACCUAUGCCAAAAUAUUAAACUCCAGAUAUCCCAUACCAAAAGCCAAGCCAUUAUAUUCCACAAGCCAGGAAGAACAAUAACAAGAAAUCCAAUCAUCACCAUAGGUAACAACAAAAUUAAAUGUGUUAAAACGGUCAAAUACCUAGGGCUUACAAUCGACCAAAAACUCAACUGGCUAGAACACCUACGUAACAAAAGAAUAGUCACAAACCAAAUUGCACAAUCUAUAAAAAGAAUGAGAGGAUACAACUGGGGACUCAACGCACGUAUCAUGAAAUUACUAUUAACUACAGUCAUCAACCCCAUUAUCAACUACGCAAGUGCAAUAUGGGCAAGGCCCAUGACGUGCAGAAAAGAAAAGCUACUCAACUCCAUCCAGCGCCCCUUCCUCCUCAAUAUCUCCAGAGCCUUCUCAACCACUUCUACAAAUGCACUACAGGUCAUCACAGGCACAAUGUCCCUUCCAAUCGCAGCAGAAACUGAAGCCAUCUGGAAUACAGUACUUCAACUCCAACGAACAGCAUCAUUCCAAGAUACCACUUGCAUUCCAGAAGAAUAUAAAGCAAUAGCCCGAAAAUACAAGCACCACCCAGCAAACCACCUACACAACCUGAUAUGCAACAUCAAAAAUACUCCACCUACAACCUCAUACACGGCCUAUACUGACGGCUCAAAAAUAGAUGCCAAAGUCAGAGCAGCCGCAACACUCCACACCUCAACAGGUGCAGAAACAACAUGGCAAGGCCAUCUUCGACAACACAACAGUGUCUACCAAGCAGAACUGACCGCAAUUCAACACGCCAUCGACCUCUUCACCAACAUCCCCACGGACAACGUACACAUCAUAAGUGACAGUCAAGCAUCUAUUCAAGCCAUCUUAAAUGAAGAUAACUGCUCGCCAAUAGCCCAAAACAUAAGAGACAAGAUCCGCAACGACAGAAGACAUUUCACCAUCUCCUGGACAAAAGGACACAGCACCAGCGAAGGCAACAAUCGAGCAGACGAACUCGCCAAACAGGCCGCACAAGACCAAGCCGGAUCCAACAUUCAUACACCAUGGCCUCGCUCACACCUAAAACAACAACUACGACAGAUAGCGCUACACGCCUGGCAACAACAAUGGGAUAACCAAACACAAGGUCGCAGAACAUACAGAAUUGCACCACAAGUCUCGGAAGACCGCCUUAUCACAAAAUACUACAUCACACAAUUCACAACUGGACAUGGGCCAUUCCCAACGUAUUUCAAAGCACGCAACCUUGCACAAACAGACACAUGUGUCUGUGGAACAACUGGAAGCCCAGAACAUUACCUAUUCCACUGUCACCUUACAGCCACCAUGCACCCAACAAACUACGGGAUUGAAUUCAUCAGAUUCAUCAUAAAACACAAAUUCAGUUUCUACAAAUUCAGAAAAUCCUCGAUUACCUCAACCAAACAGGACUUGAGUUAUGCAGCCCAUAAAGAACAAAUCAAGAAAGAAAUAGCCAUCAUCAAUGCCCAUCAACAAAAAUCAAGCAAGCAUCCCUAG